CAAUCAGGUGUGUGAAACAGACAGGAGUCUCCGAAAGGUCACGCUCUUUCUUCUGAACUCAGCCAAGUGGUGUGAAUCCCAAGAAGGUUUCGGAAUUCCCACCAGUCGAAGCGGAUGGGAUGCUGCUGGAGGAAUUUUCAAGGCGGGCUCUUCGUGGAGAGACCCAGGUGUUGGGACAACGUCCACGGGUGGCUAAUCACCACAGUGUUACAACACCUCAGCACUACCUGCCGCCGAGCUAUUUUGGACGCACUUAUCGUCCAAACAGGUGGUGCAGCUCGAUAUUCUCUCUCUCUCUCCCUCUCUCUUUCUCUCUCUCUCUCUGUCCGCUCUGCUGGGUGCAGAAGAAGCCAGACGGAAGUUAGUGGAUGGCAGCGGCUCUUCUCCACAAGUUCACAAUGAAGGCACGGGUUUUUGUCCUGCUGCUCGCUGUUUUCUCCUGUGCACUCGCACAGGUUGACGAAAGCGAAACGGAGGAGCUGCAGGUCGAGACGCUGGUGAAACCAGAAACUUGUUCAGUGCUCUCCACGAUGGGAGACACGCUGCAAGUCCACUACACAGGAAAGCUGAUGGAUGGGCAGCUGAUUGACUCCUCGCUGUCCAAAGAUCCUCUUGUUCUCGUGUUGGGGAAAAGGACAGUUAUUGCUGGUCUGGAGCAAAGCUUGAUUGGUGUUUGUGAAGGGCAAAAAAUAAAAGCCACCAUUCCUUCUCGCCUUGCAUAUGGAAAAAAAGGAUACCCUCCUACAAUUCCAGGUGACGCUACGCUUGAGUUCGAGGUGGAGGUGAUUUCUCUGACACCGCAGGAGCCGUGGCAGAAAAUCAUCAACGACGUUUUCCCACUGGUGUGUUUUGCCCUGGUGCCCACGCUGCUCGGCCUGGUGGGGCUUUACCUCUACAAGAAGGCCAACGCCCAGAAGGCCAGCAAAAAGAAGUCCAAAGAUAAGAAGAGCAAAAAGAAAUGAGGUCCUGGCAGAGAAUUUAAUUUAAAUAAACUUUUUCAAGGA